UGCUUUCAGUUCAACAGUGUGAACUAACCCAGAGAGAAAUCACAGCAGAGACAGUUAGGUGGAAUAUUUGGACUUCUGGAGUCUACUCAGCAGCAGCUCCGAGGGACACUAAGAGGCUUGUGUGAGGUGUUUAAACUGAGGACUGACAGAAGAAAUAAAGAGAAGACAAGGUAGUCAUCUUGGUUCCAUUGCAGUCAAACUCUAAAUAGAAUUAAAGCAGACCAAAUACAAGCCAUUUUACAGAACCUAGGUCAACAUCAAACCAAAGUGUGUAAAUCCCUUAUCCCCCAUAAUGAUCAGUAAUUCUCACACUUCAGUGAGGACAGUGCUGUAACAGAUCUUCCUCUCAUCGUCUUACAUCAUAUUGGAUUUUAAACACUUUGUCCAAUGCUUACCUACAGGAAAAAAACUGCUUUUGAUGCAUGUUAAUUUCCAACCUGGAAAUAGACAGCUUUUUGAACUUUUUACUUGCUUUUUAACAGCAAUACCCCCCAAUGAUCACAAGGGAAUAUUACACUCUGUUUCUGAUGGGCUCCUGUUUGCUAUUGGACUACAGCUCCCAAAUUCCCAUGAAAUCUCAGCUCCAGAGCAGAACUAAGGCUGCAGUGAUGUCAGCCAGGGGAGGGACUGGAGGUAAUACUGUAAGGGUGCCUUUAGGGGAAGUGACAUUAUUAGGGGCCAAAACGAUGCUAAGGAGAAACAGGAGGCUGAGAGUCCAGCGUAUUAAAAGAGGAUGGGUGUGGAACCAGUUCUUUGUCCUGGAGGAGUACAUGGGAUCUGAACCACAGUAUGUUGGAAAGCUCCACACAGACAUGGACCAUGGAGACAAUGCAGUCAAGUACACUCUGUCAGGAGAAGGAGCUGGGUCCAUCUUCAUCAUUGAUCCAGUUACAGGAGAUAUACACGCACUAGUGGGGUUGGACAGGGAGGAAAAGUCCUACUACACACUGAAGGCCCAGGCUUUUGACCUCCACACAGGCCUCCCUCUAGAGCCAGAGUCUGAGUUCGUCAUCAAAGUACAGGACAUCAAUGACAAUGAGCCACGGUUCCCUGAUGAUCCCUACAGUGCCAGUGUCCCUGAGAUGUCUCCAACAGGAACCUAUGUGACACAGGUGACUGCCACAGAUGCAGAUGACCCCACAUAUGGGAACAGCGCACGUAUUGUCUACAGCAUUCUUCACGGCCAGCCAUAUUUUUCUGUGGACCCCAAGACAGGUGUGAUGAGAACAGCUCUAGCAAACAUGGACCGCGAGGUGAAAGGGGAGUACCAGGUUCUUCUCCAAGCCAAGGACAUGGGAGGUCACCUGGGGGGGCUGGCCUCAACCACAACCAUAAACAUCACUAUUAGUGAUGUCAACGACAACCCACCACGCUUCGCUAAGAGUAUUUUCCAUUUGUGGGUGCCAGAGUCAGCAUCAGUUGGCUCAGCAGUGGGUCAUAUUCAAGCCCACGAUUUGGAUGCUGGCAGCAAUGCAGAGGUGGAUUAUGCCAUUGUUCCAGGAGAAGAGGGCAACAUGUUUGACAUCAUCAGCAACAGCCAAAGUCAUGAGGGAGUUGUAGUCUUGAAAAAGACUCUUGACUAUGAGAACAAGAAGUCAUACACCUUCAAGGUUGAGGCAUCCAACACACAACUGGACUCCCGUUUCCUUCACCUGGGGCCGUUCAAGGACUCAGCAACAGUAAAGGUGAAUGUCCUUGACAUGGAUGAGCCUCCUGUGUUCACCAAGCCCUCCUACUCUAUGGAUGUGUACGAGGACAAUCCUCCAGGAACCAUCAUUGGCUCUGUGACGGCUCACGACCUGGAUGCCAGCAGCAGUGCUGUAAGGUAUUCGUUGGAAUGGCACGCAGAGUCUGACAUGUUUGACAUUGACACCGUUGAAGGAACCAUUUCCACUAAUGAAUACCUGGACAGAGAGACAACUGUGCAGUACAAUAUUACUGUGGUUGCAACCAAAGUCAACAACCCUCUGCUGUCUAUCAAAGUGUCAGUGACAGUCAACGUCCUGGAUGUGAACGAGUUCCCUCCUGAGCUGACAGUUCUUUCAGAUACCUUCGUCUGUGAAAACUCCAGAGUCGGACAGGUGAUCCAGAUAGUCAGUGCUGUGGACAAAGACCUUCCUCCUGUCGGCCAGAGGUUCUUCUUCAAGUCCCCCAAAGAGCUUCGCAACAGAAACUUCACUGUUCGAGAUUUUGGAAACAACACGGCUGGCGUUGUGACUCGACGCUCAGGCUUCCAGCAGCGGGUGCAGGACGUCUAUUUUCUUCCUAUUUUGCUUGAAGACAGUGGUUACCCUGCCCAGAGCAGCACAGCCACCCUCACUAUCCGAGUGUGUUCCUGUGAGGCACAAGGAUUGCUGCUUACCUGCUCAGCUGAGGCCAUGUUCCUGCCUGUGGGCCUCAGUACUGGAGCUCUGAUGGCUAUUCUGUUAUGUGUAGCUCUGCUGAUUGUUAUGGCUACAUUAUACAUUGGCCAGAAGCGCCACAAAGAGAAAGAGACCCUAAUGACAUCAAAAGAGGACAUCCGUGAUAAUGUCAUUCAUUAUGACGAUGAGGGCGGUGGUGAGGCGGACACCCACGCCUUUGAUUUAGGCACUCUGCGCAGCACACACUCCCAGUGCACCAGCAGUCACAGAAGCACCUCCAAGAAAGAAAAAAAUGGCUACGGAGACGGGGUUCUGCUGCAUCUCAGCAGUCGAUGUGACGACAUCAGGUCACGUGACAUCCAUCAUCAAACAGCCAUGGUGAUCACUGCCAUGAACAACAAGACCCCACUCUCUUCUCAUGGCAAAAUGACUGAGGGAAAUGCUGAAAUGAUCAGGGAGUUCAUCGAACAGCGGCUAGAGGAGAAUCAGCAGGGUUACACCACCCUGCCCUAUGACUCACUGGCGACCUACACCUACGAGGGUGAUGGCUCAGUGACUGGCUCACUAAGCUCCAUAGAAGAGUCAUGGGUAAUUGACAAUUCAGGGGAUUUUAGCUCCCUUGGUGAAUGGGAGCAGCCAUUCAAAACACUGGCAAGUAUCCUGGAUAAAAAGUCGCCUACACUGACAGAGAAGAGCUGAGAGGAAGUUGGAAAGCACAGAGAUAUUGGGAAGCCAUGUUGGAAUGAUCUUUUAUUCCUAGACAUGUUUUUUUUGUUGUUGUUUUUUUACCGUGAAUGAUGUUGAGGAAUUUUUAGAAAGCUGUCUAUGUGAAGUAGAGUUGUGGAUUGUUUAGCUAGAGAGCAGGGAAUCUAGCAGGUGCUUCUCAAGAGUGCCUGGCACUAUAUGUAUUGCAAUUAAUUUUACUUAAUAAAUAAAUAUUCAUCUGUUUUGAUUUCCAUA